AUGUCUCAAACAACUUCACAAGAUCGUGUAACUCGCUCGAGAGCAGAAAUUUCGUUAGAGGUAACCUUCGCCACUCUGGUUUGCCUCACUUCCGUAAUUGGUAAUGUGCUGGUUGUUUAUGUUGUAAAUAAAUACUCUGAGAUGCAAACCAUCACCAACAUUCUCAUUCGCAAUCUUGCACUGACUGAUAUUAUCAUGGCGACCCUUAACAUGCCGUUCUGGAUAACGAGCUUGUACUCGGGAAAAUGGAAUUUGAGCCAUGAAUGGUGUGAAGUUUCUGCAUCAGCACAACUUACUAUGGUUUUGUCCUCCUUGUUCAUAAUGGGCUUAAUUGCCCUGAACAGAUACUUGAAAGUCGUCAAGCGAUCCUUGUAUAUCAAGUUCUUCCCUAGCAAAAGAGUUGCUUGGUUGUACUGUGGUCUCGUUUGGCUGGUUUCUGUGCUAUUCGCCACACCUCCGUUGUACGGAUGGGGAAAAAUGAAGUUCGACUCGGACUUUUUCGUUUGCACAUUCAACUGGAAGCAAAGACACGUUUCUUUUGUCAUAGUGCUUUCAGGGUUCUUCUACGUGACAAUGUUUGCAAUAUUUUACACCUAUUGGAAAAUUUACCAAACGGUGAAAGAAAGCACAGAUAAUGUCCACGCCAAUGUCGUACAAAAUGGCGUCGGCGCACCGAAAUUCCAUCGUACUGACAUCCAUGUUUUGAAGAGUUCUUUGACAGCGGUUUGUUUUUUUUUAAUUACAUGGAUUCCUAAAGCCUUGUGUAGUUUUAUAAUAAUUGGUGGAGGCCACAUUCCACGUGAAGUGACUAAGGUAUCUGCGUAUUUGUUGUUCACCAGUAGUCUUGUAAAUCCAAUCAUCUAUGGGAUAAUGAAUCCGCAGUUUAAAAAGGCCUUCAAAAAGGCAUUCAGUUGUGGUCGUUAUGGCAACGGAAAUGAAGAUCCGAGUCAUGCAAGAGUUGUAGCUGUAAUGAUACAUCCGAGGAGCAAUAAAACUUGA